CCUAUCUGUCUGUCUGCCACGACUCACAGCAGCCAGUGUGUCCGAGCUGCAGUCUCUAAUCAGAAGGCAGUUUGUUUGGGACUCUGAACUCUCCGCCAUGAGUGCCCUGGUCUCAGAGAGCGUGUUCUUCUCCACCUUGCAGCCCAACACCUCGGUCACCACCUACGGCCUCCCGUCGGACAGCCAGCUGGAGAACGGCGGCGCGGCGGACAAGCAGCAGCGCGUGCAGCAGCAGAUCCAGAUGAGGCUCGCUGAGAAGUCCACACUUCCGCGUCAGAAUGGGUCCAGCACGCACUACGCCAUGUCAGACUACGGCGGGUCAUCCACAACCAAAUACAACACCUACAACCCAAAUUUCAGCUCUAAAUCUUCCUAUAUGUACACCUCCAGUUCCAAAGCGAUGGGCCCACGUGCAACGGUCAAGAGAGAUUUCAGCAGCCGCUCCGCUGCUCCAGACAUCUCCCAGUUUCAGCGGAUGAGCAUGGGGGUAGGAGGAGGAGGAGGAGGAGGAUAUUACCAAGAAGGAAUACAAAUGGGCGGCUAUCAAGGGGUUGUGAGACAGCCAAGCAGAAUGGACCACGAUGCCAUAUCCAUGCAUUCAGUUAAAAACUUGUCCUCUGUAAAUCCUUGGAUGAUGGAUGGCAGCGAUGCUGGCAGCCUGAUCUCCGAGCGGGACGCCACUUACGCCCGACAUACUCAGAGCGCAGCAAAUGGCUUCAGCAGCCAAAUGAGUCAAGUUAGGCAAGGAGGGGGCGCCAUCAGCCAACAGUCCAUACGCACAACUCUACCCCGUGGUGCUGGAAUGAUGGGUGGGGGGGCUGAAAAUUUUCAACAGCAGCUAUCCUUCAAAGGCCCAGCCCACCGCACCAUCAGCAGGAUCACAAACAGAAACCGGACGAGCGUGGGCUCCAUGUCCGGGAAUCUGAUGACCUCAAGUGCUAGCAACAUGGGCGGAGGAGACCGAGUGGAUCGAGGGUUUAUGUCUGGUUCCCAGAGCAACCUCGCAAUGCAGCGUCAAGGGAAUCUGUCCCGCAGCAUGUCAAUCAGAAGCAUGCAGAGUGUUGGUAGGGGUGCAGACAUUUUCGGGGAUUUUGACCCGGAUGAGGAGAUGCUUCAGGGCUUCAGUGGCAUUGACAUUUUUAAAGCCGUGGAGUACCUCUCCGACCCUGAUCCCAGUUUUCAGUCCCUGGGUGCAGCAUUCAUUCAACAUGAGUGUUACAAUACCAAAGAGUCAAAAGAUGAGGUUCGUGAGCAUGGCGGCAUCCCUGAGCUGGUGAAGUUGUUCAGCAGUGACAAUCAAGAAGUGAGACGUUUUGCCACCGGCGCUGCCCGCAACCUCAUUUAUGAGAAUGCUGAGAACAAGGCACAUCUAAUCGGCAACGGUGGAAUCGCAGAGCUGGUCAAAGCGCUCAAAAUCAAAGAUGAUAAUGAACUUGCAAAGAACAUCACAGGAAUACUGUGGAAUCUUUCAGCCAAAGAGGAGUUUAAGAAAAAACUGGCAGAAGAAACACUGGAUGACCUUACUAAUUCCAUCCUCGUUCCACUGACUACCUUUGAUGAAGACAAAAUGGAUGUUAAUCCGUUUCAAGAGACUCCUUCUAAUUCAGAAAUAUUCCUCAACAGUACAGGAUGCCUCAGGAAUCUGAGCUCUGGGAAAGAUUCAGUCCGUAAAAAAAUGCGUGAAACCAGAAAUCUGGUGGAUUCUUUGGUGAGAUACACGAAGUUCGCCCUUUUAAAAAACCUCAUAGAAGAAAAGGGGAUGGAGAACACAAUGUGCAUCUUGAGGAACCUCUCCUACCAGCUGUAUUCCGACCUCCCUCCAUCUCUUGAUGCACGCCUGAAUGGAAACACCCGAGAUCAGGGCAAGCAGACGCAGACGUCGACUGUCGGCUGUUUCACUCCUCGGAGCAAAAAGGCACAAAAAAAGAGUGACACUCGACUGGUGGAAAUUAUAAAGGAACCGAAGGAUGUGGAGUGGCUGUGCAACACUAAGAUUUUGUCUUUGUACCUGGAAGUUUUGAGGGAAUGUGAAAUCAACUCCACAGUACGUGAGGCAACCCUGGGAGCUUUACAGAACAUCACAUCUGGAGAUUCAAAGUGGGCCUCUGUGCUGUCCAGCUGGUUGGUGAAGAAGGAGCAGAAAUCUAUGUAUACCCUGCUCGAUCUCACGCGAGGCGAAAGGGAUUCUGAGCUGCGACCGCUUACAGGCUUGUUUAAUAAUCUGAGCCGCAAAGACUACGAUAAUUUUGACAAGGCUGCGAUUAAGACUCUAUUAAAUAAGCUACCAGAAGAUGCAACGAAACGUAAAGGGAACUCCAGUGAAGUGGCGGUUAACAUCUUGGCUACUCUCAAUAACGUGGUGGUUGGCAACAUUGAUGGUGCCAGAAACGUCCUCGCUGCUUCUGGAUUAGAAAAACUGAUGACACUGAAGAAGGAGCACGGCAGCAGCGCCGACGGGAUCAAAAUAGCCAGAGCAGCAGCCACAGUCCUCUCCAACAUGUAUGUUUACAAGCAACUGCGCAGCCAACUCUUGAAGUCAUACGAAAAAGAUGACUUUAAAGUCGAUGACCAAAACUAAAGCAAGGUUCUGGUGUUUAUCUGCAAGAAAGUGUGGGGAGAUCUCAAGCACAAAGGUGACCAAUGGGGAAACGAGACUUUUUCAUGCUUGUGCAACACAACGGACAUUGGUGCAGAGCUUUGCACUCUUAUACCAACAUGUGCAUCUAUAUCAUGUACUCUAAAUACUGUUUGUACAGCGUCAUGUCAGGGAUUUAAUAGUCCGAAAACCAUACAUUCAAAUAAACCAUUUAAAGAGCAAGUCAACCCCUACCAGAGUCUAACUCCACUCCCACUUCAUGUUUGAAAAAUGCAACAAAUGCUGUUGCCUGGCAGACCGAGAGGGCGGAUCUGCUAACAAAUACGCACACAGGCUCACGACAGCAUUGUGACAUCAUAAUGUACCAGUUUACAUCAUAGCAUACCUCUUAGCCAAUAGCGGUGGCAGAUUUAAAUGAAAAUACAGUGCAGUUUUUGCCUGACAACGGCGCAACACUGCCAGUUUUAGGCAGAAUAUUUAAAUUUUAACUAAGAUGCACUGAAGUGCCAAAUUAUUGACGACACGUGUCUGCAGCACGAUUAAACACUCGUUUAUUUAGUUUAUCAGCAAAAACAAGUUUAUUUGGGGGUGACUUGCUCUUUAAAAAAGUCUACUUUAUAGGCACACGUACCUUCUUGCUGGUGUACAUGUUUAAAUGCCUGAAUACAAAAACAUAAAAAUCCUUGUAAAUAUAGUUUUGCUUUUACAGUUUUGUAUUUGUGAACUUUUUAAAUAGUCAAAAAAUUUUUAUGUUUAAUGUAAACUAAAGAUUAAUAGUAGUGUGGCUGUAAAUACAUUUUCUUUAAGGGGAUAAGUACUUUCUGUUUGACUUUGCCAAUUUCUUGCAUGCUUCAUAAAGCAUAAAACCUUUUAUAUUAAGUGUAAUCAGCUGGUGAAAGUGUAUCAGAAAUAAAAAUGGAAAGUGUUUUGUUUUAAGCAGAUUUAUUUCUUAGGCCUAUAAAUGACUAUGUUUGAGCACCUUUCAUGAUUAUCUCAGUACAGACAUUAUUUGCAUUGUGUAAAAACACAUAUUUCAAAAAUGACACGUUAAAUGUUGGAAUUGUUUGCUAUUGCUCAGUUGCUUUAAUUGUGAUCAUGUUGGGGUUUUUAACAGUUGCUUUUCAUGUUUCAUCCACAUAAAUUUGUCACCCAAUUUAAAAGCUAAUAAAGGACACCCGCAAAGUU